AGCUGACAGCCAUCAUAAGUUCAAGCCUUUGACAGCAAGAGGCUGGAAUAAAGGAAAAAACUGUCUAAAGCUGUGAUGAGGCUCUUACUGGACCUCCUGCUCCUGGGCCACCUAACAAUGGUCACCUAUGGCCAUCCCAUCCUGGAAGCACCUGAGAGUGUGACAGGGCCUUGGAAAGGGGAUGUAAAUAUUCCAUGCACCUAUGGUCCUCUGCAAGGUUACACUCAAGUCUUGGUAAAGUGGCUGGUACAACGUGACUUGGACCCAGUCACCAUAUUUCUACAUGAUUCCUCUGGAGACCAUAUCCAGCAAGCAAAGUACCGAGGCCGCCUACAAGUGAGCCACAAGGUUCCAGGAGAUGUGUCCCUCCAACUGAAUACCCUGGAGAUGGAUGACCGGAGCCACUACACAUGUGAAGUCACUUGGCAGACCCCUAAUGGUAACCAAGUGGUGAAAGAUAAGAUCAUUGAGCUCCGCGUCCAGAAAGUCUCUGUUUCCAAGCCCACAGUGACGACUGGCAGUGGCUAUGGCUUCACAGUACCCCAGGGAAUGAGGAUUAGUCUUCAAUGCCAGGCUUGGGGUUCUCCUCCCAUCAGUUAUGUUUGGUAUAAGGAACAGACUGUCAAUCAAGAACCCAUCAAAGUAGCAGGCUCGAGUACCUUACUCUUCAAGCAUGCUGUGGUGGCUGACUCCGGCUCCUAUUUCUGUACUGCCAAGGGCCGGGUAGGAUCUGAGCAGCGCAGUGACAUUGUGAAGUUUGUGGUCAAAGACUCUUCCAAGUCACUCAAGACUAAUACUGAGACACCUACAACCAUGCAAUCUCCCUUGAAAGCAACAUCUACAGUGACCUCAUUUUGGAAGUGGACCACUGAAGUGGAUGGCUACUCUGGGGACACCAGUGCUGAAACAGGAAAGGGCCUACCUACCUUUUCCAUCAUUCUCAUCAUUUCCCUGUGCUGUAUGAUGGUCUCCAUCCUGGCUUAUGUCAUGCUCUGCUGGAAGACAUCCCAACAAGAAGCUUCUAUUCCCAAGUAGCCUAGUUUCCACCAUGAGUCUCUGAAGCCAAAGAGGAGAAGGUAACCUGAGUAUUUCCUUCUCCUGGGUCUUAAGUAUAAGCUCAGGUCUUGGCUAGUCAGGGUGGCUAUGACCCAUGAGGCUGAACUUGGAAGUAGAGAUAACUCAAGUAGCCACAAAUUCCAGUGAAAACAACAUUCAUCAUAGCCUCAAUGAGAUUAGGUGUAAACUGUAACCAUAUUAGAUUGUUUCCCACACAAAAACCUUAUAGGGCUGUUCAUAGCCCAGGGAAUAGAAGUCAAAAUUUGAAUUCCAUUCAAGGCCCUCUCUGAUGUGGCUUUAGCCUAUUUUCUUGACCCCCAUCACUCCUUAAUUUCAUUUCCAAUCACUGGGCUCAAAUAGGCAAAUAUGCCACAUAUACCUAAUGCCUCUAUGCUUUUCCCCUUUUGGAUUGCCUUCUCACGAUUGCCUUCCCAGAAUUUCUAUUUUUAUCUCUCUAUAAUGGAGAUAGCCUUAGGCCAUUAAUUCAAUUUAACAUGUGACUACUAUGUGCCAAAGUGUGGGCAUAUAAAAAAUUAGAUAACACCUGUGGUAUGGGAGCUAUCAGGCCAGUGGGGCAGGUAAAACAUGGAAACACAGGGCUGUAUCACAAAACAGAGGGCCUGUGGCAUGCUCUGUUUUCUUUCUUGUGUUUGAAUGCAUGCAUCCCCAGUUGCAUUCUUGAAAGUUUAUAAACUCCUAGAGGGAAGUACCAAGAAACAUCCAUGUUUGUAUCAGGUUAUAGAGCCUUUAAGCCUGCACGGACUGCAGAUCGUUCUCCUCCACAGACACUAGGGGGAAAUGGUGACCUACUUCAGGAUUUUUUCUGAGUGCAGAGUGGAGAUGAGUGCAUUUGGAAAUGGCUUAGGCCAUGGUCCCUGAGAGGCUAAUUUAACCCCUUCUGCCUGGGCCCUGGCCUGGCCAAGUUUUCACAAAAACUCCCUGGGGAUCUUUGGCAAGAUUUCUGGGUUGAGAGUGGGUCCAGCUCCAGUGUUCCUUCCUCUACCACACCAAGCAACUGUUCCAGCCCGAUGUCCUGAACCAAAGAGGAUAGUAACAAAGUGUACUUAAUCUUCCUUUCUCUGAGAAAUCUGUAUUCCUGUGUUUCAGUUUAUCUUCCCAAUACCUCCCAAUGGAGAUCUCUCUUUUUGUCUCUCCUUCCCUCAUUCUUUGGUAACCAGUGUCCAUGUUUGGCCCUUGUCCACUCCCCAUGGAGACUUCUGACUUGAUUUCUUCUUCUUUUCUAGAGCAUGUCUGUGAAGUGGCCAGGUAAGAUUACCUCUGCUUUUCCAUCUUCUGACCCCUUCCCUGCCCUCAUUCUGUUUGUCACUGGCAUGGAAGAAAGAGAGGUUGGCACAAACACAAUUCUAAACCCAGAGGCCUUCAGGGUCAGGGAAUAGCUUUCUUCCCCCUCUGAAGCACCUCCGGAGGUUCUUUCUUGACCCACUGAUGACAUGGAAUAAUCCAGGCCCACUAGCCUCCUGUUCCCAGAAACCUUUAGUAACAAGAGCCUAAGGGUCAGUUGGCAAGAAUUGGGGCAGAAGUGUGGGAAACUAGAGUCCCAGCUUCAAGCCCCUCUUUAUGUGUGGUGGGAUCUUGGGCCACAGGGCACAUUCCAGGGAGGACAGCAAUUCUGGUGAAACCUGGAGAGUGGCUAUUUUCACAAGUGACUGCUCCAGUGAAGAGUCAUCUUCCCAGACUCCGGGCAUUGACUACUCUGACGAUCCCUGCUUGGGCCAGGAGCACCAG